AUGGACAAGCUCACCCAAGGAUGGGUCCAGCAUCAACGCAAGGCUGCACGUGAAGAAGACGCCUUGGGUAAAUUUGAGUGUCCGAUUUGUGCCACCGAAGUACACGCUAGUUUCCGCAAAUUUCGAGACCAUUUUAGGUCAAAGCACCCAGCAGAGGCCGGCAAUUGUCAGAUUGAAGAAGCCUUCAAGAAGUGCUCGCCCAAAGACCAUGAAGAAGGGGACCAUGAUCCCGCCAAGUCGCAGAGCUUGGUGGCCGGGCCUUCUAAAGUCACCAGUGAUGUCGGCGCUGCGAGUAGCAAAAGUCCAAUAUCUGGCAAUCGUGCUUCUACGGACGGGGCUGGAAACGACUUGGAGAGGCUCAAUUUGACAAGCGAUGGCAUGUCCUCGUCCCGCCGACGAAGCGAACAGAUUUGCUCAACUCCCGCUUCGGUCGCUCAGCAACCUGGCCCAUCUCCGUCGACGCCUGGCGGAAGUGGUGUCAGACUCGGGAAGAGAGACGAAGACUUCGUCCGGGGUACGAACCCGAGUGGUCGACAACUCUGGAUUGCUAGUGAUGAAGCGACCGAGGCUUUUGAGAACGUGCCAGGUCCGCCACAGACAACACAGACCCAGACCCGGUUGGCCUCCUCUUCCACCCAUCGUCGGUCUUCCCAGCAUAGACGUCAACGCAAUGCCGGACACCAUCGUGCCCAGUCUCAACGGUCGUAUGAUACUGCCAGAGCAGUGGAAAUGAUUCGAGAACUCGUAACUCGGGAAAUAUGUUCAGAUCAGCUUGUACCAGAAAUCACGGGCAUCUAUUCCGGAAUCAUUUUACUCGAAAGCAAAUGCAUGGAAUAUGGCAGGACACAGUUGGACGUCGAUCUCAAUCCAGUGCAAUACAAAGCAUUGUCUGGCCUCCAUCGGUCACUCCUGAACGAAUAUCAUGACUUUUUGCUGGCAUCUCAACACCCAUCGGCAAGCGAGAAGCUAAAAGAUCUACCUUCCAGGUUAUUCAUACCUGCGCGAAUGUGGCGCCACGGUAUACAUUCUUAUCUGGAGCUCCUCAGAAGAAAACUUCCCGGCUCGCACGAAUAUAUGCUUUCCUUCGUUUACAUUGCAUAUUCUAUGGUGGGAUUGCUAUAUGAGACUAUACCCUUGUUUCGAGAUACUUGGAUAGAGUGUCUUGGUGACUUGGGGCGUUAUAGGAUGGCAAUCGAAGACAGCGACAUUCAAGAUCGAGAAAACUGGACUCGUGUAUCGCGGAACUGGUAUACCAUGGCCUCGAACAAGAUCCCUCGCGUGGGACGACUUUACCAUCAUUUGGCGAUUCUGGCACGCCCUGACGUCAUACAGCAGCUAUUUUUUUAUGCCAAAUCGCUUUGCGUUCCCGUCCCAUUCCCGAGCUCCAGGGAAACCGUAAAGGUGUUGUUUGAUCCUCUUCUCGAUCCAGAAUCCACACCAGAGAAUCUAGCGCCGGUUGACUUGGCUUUCGUGCGAGUUCAUGGGCUAUUCUAUUUCGCAAAAGAGGAGCACAAGGACCUGCUUCACUCCUCGAUGCAAGAAUUUCUUAGUCGCCUAGAAGAUCACAUUGAACGAAAGAAUGUGCUUUGGCGACAACAUGGGUAUCUUACUGGCAUCUCAUUAGGCUGCCUGCUCCUGGGUUACGGAGAUAAGUCCAACGUCCUAAUGCGUGUCAUUCCAAAGCCACAGGAGGAAGCACCGCAUACGGUUGAGAGUCAGCAAUCAGACUCUCCAAUGGAAGACUCUGCAGACGUGGAACCCAGUGAAAAUUUCAAGAUGGCGGUAGAACUUGCAGCUCGAACAUACAAGAUUGUCAUUGAUCGGAAUGGCGAUCCCAGCGUCCUGCCUUGCAUUCACACCCUCUUGGUAUUUUAUCAGUACAUGCUGGAGUUUGCUGUCGGCAGACAGUAUCUGGAGGACUCUCUCCCGUGGGCAGAGACCGCCGACGUCCUUAACUACUUGGUAAGGCUCUGCGACUUCGGGCCACGGUCAGAAGAUAGCUUGGAAUUCCCAAUGCCUGAACCCGGCGACCGCCGUCCUCUUCCUGAAGACUAUGCUCUGCGUGGUCUACUCUAUACUCAAGACUAUUUUCCAGAGGGUUGGUUUGACGGCGCGGAGUUUGACGAAACCCAUAUUGUCGUUGAGCCUCCGUCAAUCGGUUUCCAGCGUUAUGAAAGAAUCCUGUGGCUUGGUCGUAGGAUUGCAAUGAAUAACGGAAGGCUGCUUUGGGAUCAGAAUGAAAAAAAGUUUUUCGCAAGGGUGAACGACGAGCUCAAGGACGAGCCAAUCGGCUGA